GUUCAUUCGAAAAACCGCUUAGUUUGAGCCGAGUUAGAUAAGAUAGCAGUAUAUAAAAAGCCUCAAUAAGAGAUGCGUCGAUAGUAGUAUCGCAAUGAAUAGACCAACAAAGUGUAAUCCCUCAAUCACCUGCAUCAGCGACCUCGAGAAAGCCUCCUAUUGCAAGCUCAAUAAGACUGUAGCGGAGUACUACAAUGAAGGAUCUAUGGAUCUCAUCACCCUCAGGGACAAUACCGCAGUUUACGAUAGGUAUAAACUCAGACCAAGAGUCUUGCGUAAUCUGACGAAUUUGGACACUUCGACAAUGUGCCUUGGUAGCAGGGUAUCGUUUCCUCUUGGUAUAUCGCCUACUGCCAUGCAGGGCCUUGCACAUCCUGGUCGCGAGUUGGCUACGUCUCGCGCAGCAAGCAAGAUGGGUGUCAACAUGUGUCUUUCGACGUACACAAAUACUUCCAGCGAGGACGUCAUUGCUCAGUCGAAUGGCGGCAAUUCAUAUGCGCAACAAUUGUCAAUUAUGAAGGAUAAUUCAAUUAAUAUGGAAAUCAUCAAAGGUGCUGAGAAAGCGGGAUACAAAGCGAUAUUCCUCACCAUCGACUGUCCUUAUCUUGGACGCCGCCUAAAUGAGUAUAGGAACCAGUUUAAAUUGCCAGAACACCUCACACUACCGAAUCUCCCCGUAGAAGACGGAAAUAUGGUUACCAGAGAUGAGCGACUGGAGUACGACGAUCAACUCGACUGGGAGGGCAUUGCGCGAUUCAAAAAUAGUACUCAUUGUGAAAUCUGGCUUAAGGGGAUUCUGACAGCUGAGGACGCAAUGUUAGCAGUCGAAGCUGGUGUUGAUGGCAUCAUAGUGUCAAACCAUGGUGCUCGCCAGCUGGAUGGCUCAUGCAGCACGCUUGACGCCUUACCGGAGGUCGUGGGAGCAGUUGGUGGUCGUAUACCAGUACAUCUUGACGGCGGGAUACGUCGAGGUACUGAUAUUUUUAAGGCGAUCGCGCUAGGCGCUCAGCAUGUCUGGAUUGGAAGACCUGUGCUCUGGGGAUUAGCUUACAACGGACAGGAAGGUGUCGAGCUCGCUCUGCAGCUUUUGUAUGACGAGUUUAGACUAUGUCAGGCUCUUUGCGGCUGUUUAACCAUUAACGAUAUCACUUCAAAGCACUUAGCUAGAUUACACGCAGAUGGACGUUAUCGUCCCAUUGUAUAACCUUUCUUCCCUUGCAUUUAUGUUCUUUUUCUCUA